AUUCAUUCAAUAGAUAAAAAAGAAGACGAACAAUUUUCUUUUUAGAUUUUGUAGAAUAUUUUAAAAAUAAAAGUUGGAUUUAUUUUUUGUGAAUUAUUAUACCCACAACUUCUAUUUAAAUACCAAGUAGUUUGAAACUAUACAUUUUACACAGUUCAGACAAUUUGUAUCUAAUUUAAGAUGUCCGGAAAGAUAAGAAUGCCUGUUUCUAUACCUGUUCCUAUUGAAGUGAAUAAUCUGAGAGAAAUUGUAGCGAAAGCUAAAGAUUGGGCAGUAGUACAUGGAAUUUCAAUGAGGUCUAAAACAAAUUUUAGUGAAGACAUGGUUCAAAUAUCUCCCUUUAUUUUAUUUCCUACAGGGAUUCCACGAAAGGAGUUCAAUAAAGUUAUGGAAUUACAGACUACCUUGAAUGAGUUACUACAUAACAUAGCCCAUAAUAAAGAAUUUUUAAAGAGCUGUUUCAAGAAUGUUAUUGAAGCUGAUCCGUUCACAGCAAAGCUGUAUGAAAUUUAUGAGACCAUUGAAAAGGAAGGAUGUAAUCAAAAAAUAAGUAUGUUACAUCUGCGCUCAGACUAUUUGAUGCAAAGUUCUUCAAACAAUGUUUUAAAGCAAGUUGAGUUUAAUACAAUUGCUGCAAGUUUUGGAAGUUUUUCUACUAUACUUACAGAGUAUAACAGGUACAUUCUACAAGAACUAGGAUAUCAUGAUAACAUUAAAAAUUUACCACAAAACAAUGGAUUGAGGAACUUAGCUCAAGGCUUCAUACAAGCAUGGCGAUUAUAUAACAAUGAAGAUGCAGCUAUAUUAUUUCUUACUUUAGAUGUUACUUAUAACAUAAGUGACCAACGUUGGAUAGAAUUUGAAAUAAAGCGGUUAAAUCCAAGAACAAAAGUUGUUAGGAAGACUUUUAAUGAUAUAUACAAACGUGGACAAUUAAACAACAAGCAUGAAUUAGUGAUAGACAACACUGUUAUUUCUGUGAUUUACUUUAGAGAAGGAUACAUACCCGAUCACUAUCCCACUAAUUGUGAGUGGGAUGCUAGAUUGAUGAUGGAAAGGUCUACUGCAAUCAAAUGUCCAGAUAUUAAGUUCCACUUAGUUGGUCAAAAAAAAGUUCAACAAGAAUUAACAAAACCUGGUGUCUUGGAAUUGUUCUUAACUGAAACUGCAAAAAUAGAAGCAGUAAGGGAGGCUUUUGUGAAUAUACAUGGGCUUGAAUUUGAUGAAAAUGGAGAUAAAGCAGUACAAAUGGCUCUCAGCAAUCCUAAAAUGUAUGUAUUGAAGCCGCAAAGAGAAGGAGGUGGAAAUAAUUAUUAUGAUAACGAUGUUAAAGAAAUGAUGCUCAAAAUGAAAGAUUCUAAGGACAGAACUGGAUAUAUAUUAAUGGAAAGAAUAUUUCCUCCUCUCUCCAUGGGGUACAUGAUUUCUGCUGGAGGACCAAAUCCGCCACCGUUAAUUGAUAUUGUUUCAGAACUUGGAAUUUACGGAAUUUUAAUAAGCGAGUCUGGAAAUAUCAUUAUGAAUAAACAGACAGGUCAUUUAAUUAGAAGUAAAUCGCCUAAAUCCAACGAAGGAGGAAUUUUAGCAGGCUCUGGUGCUCUGGAUUGUCCCUACUUAUUAGAUUAAUUAUAAAUAUAGUUUUUAGUUGUCGGUCUAGCUGGCAUAGAAUUUUAUUAUGUAGAUUUUUCAACUUUCUUCAGAUAUAUUUACACAUAUUUCUUUGUAAGAUUUUGAAUAUUUACAAAUAUACAUUUCAUUUUAGCAAUUAAUAACUUUACAAUUAACACGACCAUUGAAAGCUAUAAAAUAAUUUUGACUGUGUUAAAUGAAUUUUUCUAAUCAAACGCAUUUUGAAUUUUUCAGAUUAGUAAUUCAUAAAUUCAAAACCAUUCAAAAUGCGGAAAAUAAUACAUUUCAAAUUUAUGAUAAGGCAUUUGACUCGAAAUGUCAGAAAUCAACCAAAUUUGAAUGUCAUUUCACACAGUUGAAUCAAUGAUAUGUUGGAUUAGGAUUUCCAUAAUUAGUACAGUAAUAAAAUAUCACUCUUAGCGUGAUUUUGAGUGGUAUGAAAACUCCAAUUCGGUUCUGGAUUAUUAGUCUUGAAACAUUCUCGUAUUAUAUCCUACAUCUUUUAAUCAUCACUACCUUUAACCACUGCAUCACUUUUCUGAAAAUUAAUGCGAGUUACAUAUGAAGUAACAGCUGACAGCAUAUAAGAAAUGUGAUGACUUCGUGGAAACGCAGAAGAUAAUAAAAACUGGAUUUCUUUUAAUAAUUCAUUCUUUGUUCUAACGUUGCUUAAUAAACAUAUAUUGUAAUUG